GCCACAAGCCAAUCCUACGGUCCACGGCACCAGUGGCAGUCAGUCCCCUCUCCUUCCGGCUUCCGCAGUCCGCUGCUCUUCUUUCCUGGCAUCUUGGAGACGGCGGCGAGACGAGGGGGAGGACUGGACCAUGACCAUGGCUGCCUCUUCGGCUCUCAGGCUAAUCCUGGGCUCCUCGUCGGCGUCGCGCCGCCAGAUUCUGUCCGAGAUGGGAUACAAGUUCACUCUUCUUAGCGCGGAUAUCGACGAGAAAGCGAUCAGAAAGGAGAAACCAGAGGAACUGGUGGUCGCCUUGGCUCAUGCGAAAGCAGAUGCUAUACUGGAGAAGAUGCAGAACAAUGGGAUGAUGAAAGAGAUUGUUGAUUCUCAAGAGACUACUCUGAUGAUAACUGCUGACCAAGUUGUGAUUCAUGAUGGAGUGAUUAGAGAAAAACCUAGCACUCCAGAAGAGGCACGGAAAUUCAUCAAAGGGUACUCUGAAAGCCAUGCUGCGACGAUUGGAUCUGUGCUUGUUACAAAUGUGAAGACUGGAGCUAGAAGGGAAGGAUGGGAUAAAGCAGAAGUACUAUCUAAGUUUCCCUGCGGAAGGGAGGCCUCAUGGGUGGCGUGCGUGCGGCGCUUGGAUUUCUGCAGGCCUGAUGGGCAGCGCAGAGGGGUAAACAUGUCUAAAUUAUCCUCUGCUACAGUAAACGUCAGGCUUUGUAAAAAUGGAGUAGGAGUCCAGAACGUCUAUUUUUUUAGGUAUGGAGGGAGUAUAAAAGGUUACUUUAAUACUUCUUACAAGUUGAUGGGCUAACCUAAUUUGAGCCUUGAUAUUUUCUUUGUAACGUAAGAGCCUUGAGCUUGUAGGCCCCUUUGCUCUGUAAUAAGGUUGAGGGCUGAACAUGAAUUCUGUGAGAACGUUUAAAUGCUGUUUGCUCUUUUACAAAUUGAGGGAUAAAAAGACCAAAAUCAAAGUUUUAAAACUAGAUGUCUAACCUUGUAUUUAGAAACACAAUUUGCUGUAUUUGGUUUUGUUCAUACUACCUCUGUUCCCAAAAGAAUGUCAUUCUAGCUUUGUCCUAAGUCAAACAUCAUAAGCUUGACCAAAUUUAUAAAACUAGGACCAGUACCUAUGAUAUCAAAUUAGCACCAUUGGAUUUGGGAUUGUGAAUUAUAUUUGUACAGUAAUACAUGUUUGGUGUCAUAGAUGUUGAUAGUUUUCUCUAUAAUAAAGUAUAAACUUAGUCAAACAUAGGAUAGUUUGACUUUUGACAAAACUAGAAUGACAUUCAUUUUGAGACGGAGGCAGUUUAGUCCUCUAGAUCCUCACGAGAUAAAAGGUUUGGCAUUUUAUUAUAUUAGCCUUGGUUCUGAGCUAUAGCUCAUAUUUGGUACAAUAGAACCAUAGUUUUUCAGUUCUGUACUGUGAUGCACAGUUCUUUUUCCUGCUAACAUUUCUGCUGUAAAUG